GCUGCAGGACGACACCAGUGCAACUAUCUAAUCAGUCUGCAGAAACAAGAAUUUCUUCUGCAGGGCGGGGAACCAAACUGGUUAAAGGGGCUAAAGUAUAUUCCCCAGAAGUUGAGAAAUUUAAAUGAUAUCAACAAAAUAUUAGCCCACAGACCUUGGCUGUUGUGUAGAUCUCAUAUCGAGUGUGGAUUAAACCAAGAACUCGAUCAUGUUGUAGAUUUCGAAUACCACAACCAGAAUUUACCUACGCUUGGAACCAAAACGAAUAGCAUUAGUAAAACCAAACCCAAAGAUAUACCUAUUAAAGAUAUAGUUCAAGACUGGAAAUCUACACCCGUAAGUACUCCACCAUCACCGACUACAGAACCAGAGGUUAGAAUUUCAACUUUGAUGCAGCGCAUGAAAACUCUCUCCGAACAACAGCGAGAGUGUAAACCUGAGGAACUGGCCAAACGUUUUGAAAGCAUUGAAACUCAGUCAGCAGAAAUUGGUGCUGUAGGAUCCCGAACCCAGUACACCACUACAUCUAUAGAAUGUUACGUUGAUGAUGCCAGUUUUAAUUACAUCGAUUUCGUAAAGAGAGGUGAUACCCAAGAUAUUCCCACCUUUAGAGUCCAAGAUUAUUCCUGGGAUGACCAUGGGUACUCCUUAGUGAACAGGCUUUACAAUGACGUAGGUAAUCUUCUUGACGAUAAAUUCAGAACUGCAUAUAACCUGACAUACUACACAAUGGGAGGUCGCAAAGAUGUGGAUACGUCAAAGUUUCGUAGAGCCAUUUGGUAUUACAUUCAGUGUUUAUUUGGGAUACGCCAUGAUGAUUACGAUUAUGGUGAGAUCGACGCCUUAGUGGAAAGAACCUUGAAAACGUUUAUUAAAAGCGCUACAUGUUACCCUGAAAGAGUAACGAAAAAGGAUUACGACAAAGUCCUCAGAGAAUUCCAGCACAGUGAAAAGGUGCACGUGAACCUCAUGAUUUUAGAGUCUAGAAUGCAGGCAGAGCUGCUGUACGCACUGAGAACCGUCAAUUACUACAUGACCAAUUGAACUAUGAUGGAAGGGUACCUGCAUUUCUAUGUUGCCUGCUCGUAUGGAAGAAGUCGUCACCUUUUCUUAUUAGGAUGACAGCUUGAAAUGUAUGAUCAAGGCCAGAAAGGAUGUAUAUAAGAUUAACAUGGCUACAUCUGUCAAUUAGAUGACUGGCGUCUGUGUAUCUGAAGAUCUAGGAUUAUGAAGCACAAGUACGACUAGUCACAAACUGAGCUUGUUCAAGCUCCAUCAUUUGUACAAUGGCACUGAUAGUGUCCGCAGGUGUGGUGAAACUUAUAUAGUCUGCUUCGUGUUUAAAAUCUGAAAUGAGAAUUUUGUACUUUAUAACAUAUUUGUUUUAUGCAACAGGAUCAGAAACGAUAUCAUACAGUGCUAUAGUUUUCUUUGUUGUCUUAAGGUAUUUUAUUAGAAUGUUGUAAGGGACAUCAAAAAUUUCAUGUGAUGUUUUGAGUUCAUAAUGAAUUAUCUUCAUUUUACUGUUUAAGAUACCUAGUUAUUUUUAAUAUUUGAACAAUUAUAAUAAUAUUUUUAUAAUUGUCUUUUUCUACUGUUUUUUAUUCGUCACGACAGUGGGAAAAGGAGAACUUCCAAACAUACAUAUUAAAUAUGUGACCACAUUUGUAAAUAAAUUGAAAUCUAUAUAACUUUUUAAUCUCUGUAUAUCAUGUACAUAAGUUUGAUUCUGGAAGUUGGUGCUCUCUUGAGGAUAUUUUGCAACAUCUGAACACAUGAUGACUUCCAUUCUUUUUUAAACGAACUGGUUUAUUAAGUCAUCAAAGACAAAAGUGAAAAUCCUUAUAAACGCUAAUGACUUCCAUCCUUUUUUUUACGCAUCGGAUCGUUAAUAGUGCAUCGAAAAUACUGAAAAUCCAUUUAUCAUUAUUGCAGGGGCAGUGAUUGAAUAUUCAUUUCGCUAAAUGUAACAUUGUAGUUUGUCUACAUAUUGAAGGGUUGAAAAUUACUGAGUUUGCAGUUUCGCUAUUUUUCAUAACCUAAAUUUCAUGUCUUGAUCUCAGUAUUAAUAAUAUUUUCUUUAGUAUAAUUUCACUGCCAUUUAGUUUGUAUUUUAAUGGUCUCUUCUCCUUCUCAUUAAAUUUCUGGAAUGAAUUUUGAAAAAAUUAUUUUCGGACUGGUCUAAUCAAGAAGGAGAAUGUUAAAAUAAAUGACCAUUCUGUAGAUUGAGUAUGAGUUCAAUAAUUUCCAUCAACACCACAGUCAUAUAUGUCAAAUUGUGAUGAAUUUGUCUUAAUUAUAUGGGAACAAGCACAUUUCGAAAUCGUUCAUUUCUAGUAGUCCCACAUUUGAAAACUUAUCAGAACAGCAUAAUCAAGUUGUCAGUUUCAUCUGAAAAUUAUUUAUUGAAUGUAUCUGAAAACACUUCCAACGUCCAAAUUUAUGCCACAAUUGUUAAAAUGUACAAGAAAACUUCAUUAACUUAACUCAAACACCAUAAUUUAUAUUAUUCAUACCCACCAAAUAUGAAAGGAAUUUUUCAUUUCUUUCAAUGUUUAAUUGAACUUUCAGCUGCUUAUUAAAUAAAUGUUGAUUAUAACAUGAAGAUACAUUUCAAAAUUAUCAAAUAGGAAUGAAUGUCAUUCUGAAAUAUAUAAUUUCUAAUUUGUCUCUGACCAAUUAUUUUUUCAAAAACGAGAUUUUUCAUUAAUAACAUAAAACGAAACGCAGAACUUUGAAACCCUGUGAAUAUUCCAUGGCUUCAAAGUCGAAGCCGAAACUUCGAACAUCAGACGCGGUUCAACUCGGACUUCAGAGAUUCUUGUUGCCAGAUAAUUAACAAAUGAAACAUAUAUUAACUGUGCUAAAAGGCACUGAAAAAUUCGAUCUCUCAACCAAUAUGAGAAACAUUGUUAAUAGUUGCUUCCAAUUAUGGGAGUACCAUAAAUUUUCAUAAUUGUUCAUGCAAUACUUUUCAAUAUAUUUGAUACCAGAAUAAGAGAAUUUGCAAAGUUCAAAGAGAAUUUGUGGUAUUCCAUAAUGUUGCGCUAAAUCAAGUAUAUUUAUUUCUUAUUAUUAUAGUUAUUAUUGAACUCAACACUCCAAACAUAUUUAUCAAUAUUGGAUAUAUGUAUUUAGGAAGAAAUCAUUCAAAUUCUAAUAUUGUAAUUAUGUAGAAAGUAAUGCUGUGAUGUUUCAACUUGUGUAUUUCUUUGAAACAAUAUUUUUGUAUGUUCGGCGUUUUUUUUCAAAAAUAUUAAUGUUAAGCUUACAAUCUCUUGUGAUUUUUUUUAUUUGUAAGUUUCUCAAGUAACAUCAAUUCAGUUUGUGUUAUCAUUUACGAAAGAAUCAUAAUAUAGGAUGAAGAUGCAAAAAGUACAAAUUGUGAUGAACUGAAUUAAUUGCAAAAGGAUUUCAUAACACUGCAACAUGUAGCGUUUCAGCAUUGAUUGAUUCUCGACAUGUUUCAAUCACCCAGUGAGAGAUCGAUCAGUCUACCCUUGAACGUUAUGAGAUUCUCGAUUGGAGCCAAGUAAUGUUGUAGUGGGGACUUCUCCAUUUGUGAUAUUUUUCUGAAUGUGAUUACUGUGUAAUAGAUUUUUAGAUUGUUUCAAUUGAAUACUUACGAUAUAAGUUUUGUUGAUGUUUAACCAUAGACUUUUAGUGAGAUGUUUUUAAUUCAAUUAAUCAACUUCAUAUGAAUAUAGUAGUUUCAUGAUACUUGUUGUUUCAUUCGACGAUGGAUGAGUCACUGAAGAAACCACUUUAUCAUCGACAUAAUCCAAGACUUUUCAAUCUAUACAGGCUCUAAUAAAGACAGUUCAAGUAU